GCCGACGGUUCCCGAUUGUGUUGACAGUUGUGUUAGUGCAUCCGUGACCCUCACAGACACAGCUACAAUUUUAUCCAAUUUUAGCCAAAAUCCUGAACAUAAAAUGGAUAACGAAGAAGAAGAUGAUUUGAAGAAGAGACCUUCAGAGGAACUCUUGUCUCCAAAAUUUUCGCCAGCCAAGUUGAAGUUUCCGAAGCAUAUUCACACACCAAUGGACGACAAGUUUAAGGAACUUGCUGACACUAUCCUUAAUCGCAGUGUUGAGGGACACGUACCCUUCAAUGAGGUCUCCGCCCCUUAUGAGUUACCCAGUUACCCCAUAGAACAGAAUGAAACAAAGAAUUACUUUGAGAGGCAAUACAGCAGAAGGAACUUGAGUCUUCAAAUACCAAAGGAUUCUGCUAGAUGUUUUGCAUCCGAUCAUCAGAUAAUUAAUGAGAAUGAAGAUGGUAAAAAUGGUUCUGCCAGGGUCCAUGAGCGUGACAAUGGAGGACACACCCCAGUGAACCGUAUUCCAAGCUUUGAUGUCGAAAAUGUGUUCAUGGAGUUUCCCGAGGUUCAGGAGGAAUAUGACCUUGCCCCAGAUUUCCAGAGGAUCAGCAUCAGUGGGGAGGACACUAGUGGGGUUCCACUGAAGGACCUGGAGGAGGCAUCUAAGAGUUUGGUGAAGGCGUUGAUGAUCCGUGAGAAGUAUAUGGCCAUGUCUCAUCAGAGCUUCCCUAACAUCACGGCCAGGUUUCUACAGAACCUCGAGGACAAGGAGGACUUUCACGGCAUCAAGGAAGGGUUUGGCUGCAUAAAUGUGAAAACUGCAGAAGACGAGAACACGGCCAACUUUGUGUCGUGGCCAUGUACUGAAUCCACCACAGCUGCUGAUCACCCUAUCAACCCGCCACCUAUGUCUGGCGACCCUUUCCAUAUUGCGGAGAUGCCGGAGAACGUGGGCUGCGUCAUAAAGAUGAAGGGCGGGGUGCCGUACGUUUAUAAAGACCAGGAGGCGUUUGAUAGACAGGAGCCACUGGAGUGGCCGUAUCCCGAUGUAAAAACUUUCCUAGCCGACCUAAAUAUGAUGUACGCCUUCAUCAGUGACGGACCUUUGAAAUCGUUUGCCUACAGACGCUUGUCUUACCUUUCUUCAAAGUAUCAGCUACACUUACUGCUUAAUGAACUGAAAGAAUCAGCUUCACAAAAAGAGGUUCCCCACAGGGAUUUCUAUAACAUACGUAAGGUGGACACUCACGUACAUGCUUCAUCAUGCAUGAACCAGAAACAUCUGCUGCGAUUCAUCAAGAAAAUGAUCCGCACACGUUCUGACGAUGUCGUCUGUUUGGACAAGGACAAAAAAGAAAUGACUUUGAAACAGGUUUUUGAGAGCCUUGAACUGGAGCCAUAUGAUUUGAGUGUAGACAAACUGGAUGUGCAUGCAGACCGGAACACUUUCCACAGGUUUGACAAAUUCAACGCCAAGUACAAUCCAAUUGGACAGAGCCGCCUGCGGGAAAUUUUUAUCAAGACAGACAACUAUAUUAAUGGCAAAUACUUCGCUCAUGUCAUUAAGGAAGUAAUGGAGGACCUUGAGGAAAGCAAGUACCAGAAUGCCGAGUACAGACUGUCCAUAUAUGGGCGCUCCAGAGAUGAGUGGGAUAAGCUAGCUAAGUGGGCUGUAGAACACAAGGUGUACUCGGACAAUGUCAGGUGGCUCAUCCAGGUCCCGCGAUUGUAUGAUGUAUACAAGAGUAACAACUUAGUACAGAACUUCCAGGACAUCCUCAACAACAUCUUCAUGCCGUUGUUUGAAGCGACAAAUGACCCCGCCUCCCAUCCUGAGCUGUUUGCCUUCCUCCAACACGUAUCGGGUUUUGACUCUGUAGAUGACGAGUCGAAAGCAGAACACAUCAAAUUUGAUUCGGACACUCCAAUGCCAGGGGAUUGGACACAAAAAGAAAACCCACCUUACAACUACUAUCUUUUCUUUAUGUAUGCCAACGUCACUGUCCUCAACCAGUUCCGCAGGUCACGAGGAAUGGGCAUGUUCCACCUGAGACCUCACUGUGGGGAGGCAGGCAACAUCACACAUCUCGUCUCUGGUUUUAUGUUGGCUGAGAACAUAUCACAUGGACUCAUGCUCAGAAAGGUUCCUGUGCUGCAGUACCUGUACUAUCUGGCCCAGAUAGGAAUUGCCAUGUCACCAUUGAGCAACAACUCUCUCUUCCUGAACUACACUCGUAACCCACUGCCAGAGUAUUUCGCCCGUGGACUGAACGUCUCUCUCUCCACUGAUGACCCUCUUCAGUUCCACUUCACAAAGGAAGCAUUGAUGGAGGAGUACAGUAUUGCUGCCCAGGUGUGGAAACUCAGCUCCUGUGAUAUGUGUGAGAUGGCCAAAAACAGUGUACAGAUGAGUGGCUUUGGACAUGAUGUGAAGAAACACUGGUUGGGCCUGAAUUGCACAAAAGAAGGUGUAGCCGGGAAUGACGUCAGCCGAACAAAUGUCGCAGAUAUUCGCGUGGCUUAUCGUUACGAAACACUUAUCGGAGAGCUUGAGUGUAUCUGGAAAGGAUCCAUGUCAUAUGACGAGUCACUUGGCAAGGAAAAAUAGAAAAAGUAACUGCAGGUGUUCAAAUAAAGACUGCAUUGAGCAGUAGCAGAGGUUUGCAGGUUUUUUCCGAUGAACAUUUUUUUUAUGAUCGAAAACUUGUUCCUGAUGACGAUUGUUUCAACACACAUAAACAAAAACUGCCUGAAUGUUAAUUCCAUCUUAGAACGAAAACAAUAUAAAAAAAAAUCCAAAUCCAUAAAUUAAAGAUUCAAGGCAGGAUUAUUUUCGCAUUGUUAGCUUUAUAGUCCUCCUUGUCUAAACUUGUUGCUGUUUUAAAUAUAUGGGAGUUUUAAAUUUGUUUGGUGUGCAUGCUUGUAUACAACUUUUCGAAAUUAUUUUGUAUUAAAGAAAAUUUGACAUUUUUAGCUUUUAUAAGCAUCAAUCCUUGAGCUUUGGUGCAAGUUAUAUUUCUCUUUGUGAUAUACACCAUCAUUUUCAGUGUAUAAUAGGUUCAAUUUGAUGUUAUAAAAAACUUGACGAUGAAAGAUAAGGUCAAAGGUCAUGUUGACUGCAAGAGGUUAAAUGUUAUGUUGACUACUAAACUUUAAAGGUCGGGUUGACAUGACCAAAAGUUUGUUUCCUACAUUUUUAAAGUGGACUUGCCCUGUUUUUGAUUUGGUAAGGUUCAAAUGUGGCUUUAGGGGUGAAUGGGUUAAGGCAAGUUCAUGUAAAAUUUGAACAUUUGAAUAGCGGAAAAGAGAUCAAAUUGUUAUAAUCAGAUUGAAUGGAUGAAAUAUUCAAGUUUGUGUCAUGUAUUGUGGAGUGAACAAUACUUUGAACAGCUUAACUCAUUCACCUCUGAAGUUUCAUAUUGAACUAUUCCAACCUUUGAAUUGGAAGAGUUCAAAUGUGUCUUCAGGGGUGAAUGAGUUAAAGAGGUUUGUCAAUGUUAAUGUCUCAAAUAAAUGUUAUAUAUAGAUGUUUGUCUCGUUAAUUUUAUGUAAUGAUGGUAUAGCUAUGUUUAAUUAAUACAUUGAGUACCAAUGCACGCAAGUACAAUAUACAAUAUCUAAAGCUUUAAAACUGCAUUAUGAAUCUCAUUGUCUUCUGUAUACUGUAUAACACAAAUUAUUCGUGGGUACUUUCUUUCAUGGCUUGAUGCCAUUCAGAUCGUUUCGUGGUACAAACUAUUUCGGAUAUCCCAUAUAAACAAAAAGUGGUAAAGUAUAUCAAUUAAAAGUGUUGUAUUUAUUUUCGUGGUUAUGUAGCCUGCACGAAAACCACAAAUGUUUAUAAACCACAAAUGUUUCAUGGUAUACAGAAUCUAUUUUUUUCAUUUAAUAUAGACAUAUACUACAAUGUCUCAUUUGAGAAAAGGUCUCAGUCUCAUGUUUAUUUUAGUAAAAAUUGUUUGCUUUGUAAAUAAGAGUUAUUGGUUUUAACAUAGUUUAAGGUAUAUUAUGAAUAAGUUUAAUAUCUGUGUUAUGUUAUGAGCUAGUUGGAUUUUGGCCAGUUGAUGUAUCUCAAAUUGGUCAUACAGCAAAUUAAUUUUUUGUGCGAUAAAUAUUUUCACUUGAAAGGUGGGAAUUCAAAUUUUUCAAAUAUUAUGGCAAAGUGAGGUUCAUUUGUACAAAAUGCUGUCUCGAAGAUCAGUUUUCGCGAAAACUCGAAGAUUUUAUUAUACAGUGUAUAUAAAGCGGGGCCUUUAUAUAUUAUUCAUUCACUUUCAUUCACAGCAAAAGUUCGAUUGGUAGCAGUUGCAUUUCUGCAACAUUAAUUUGUAUAGAAAAUGGUGAAUCUCUCCCCUAAAACACUCUGGCUAUAGAUACAUUUACUAGGAUACAUAGACUGAUGUUGACAGGAUAAACACGGCUUGUAUACUGUAGACAAAAAUCCUAUAGAUUUCAUAUCUACGUCCAUAACUCAUUCACCCCUACAUAUUUAAACUAGACUUGCCCAGUCUUUGAUUUGGUAAGGUUCAAAUGUGACUUUAGGGGUGAAUGGGUUAAUGAAAGUACCUGUGUCCUUAAAAAAAUAAAAAAAUAAAUAAGAACAAACACCUUUAUUCAUUGUGCAAUAGCUGUGUAAAAAGAACAACUUUUUGAGAUUCUGUGAAAAUUAUUUCUCAAGUUUUAUGUAGAAAGAAUCUGUAUAUGUUAAACUAGUAUUGUUUUAGUAGAUAAGUUAUAUUAAACGGAACAAACAAUGUUGUACAUGUUUAUAUUUGAAUGAAGUGCGCUUAUCCAAGUUUUUUGUGUUCUGUAAAUUUUGUUUUUAUAUUUUUCACCUUAAAUUGUAUUGGUACUUAAGUGGUAUUGUAUUUUGAAAUUAUGUUAUGUUUUACAUAUAAUAGCACAUGUUAUUACAAACACAAAUUUUCAUGAUUUUUUCCUCAAUUCUUGCACUUAACAAAUGCCUACAGUAGUCUUCCCCCUAGACAAGAAAAUGUUAUAUGAAUUUAACAAUCUUUUAAUAUUUUUUUAUCAAUAGCAAUCUAAUUUCCUAGAACCGCUGGGCCCUGUUCUUUAAAGCUUAACUAUCUUACAUGUAACAAGUCAUUAAAUGCAAAUAUUCAAAAUGUUAUUUGAGAGAAAGUUUUAAAACUUUUCAAGUAUUUCUGAGCACUGGAAUAUGUAUUACUAUUACAGGUAUUCUGUAUUACCAGCGAGAGUUUCGGGUAGCUCUGUCGAUUGAGCACUGGAAUAUGUAUAACUAUUACAGGUAUUCUGUAUUCCCAGUGAGAGUUUCAGGUAGCUCUGUCAAUUGAGCACUGGAAUAUGUAUAACUAUUACAGGUAUUCUGUAUUCCCAGUGAGAGUUUCAGGUAGCUCUGUGGUUGAGCACUGGAAUAUGUAUAACUAUUACAGGUAUUCUGUAUUCCUAGUGAGAGUUUCAGGUAGCUCUGUCGAUUGAGCACUGGAAUAUGUAUAACUACAUGUAUUACAGGUAUUCUGUAUUUCCAGUGAGAGUUUCAGGUAGCUCUGUCGAUUUAGCACUGGAACAUGUAUAACUAUUACAGGUAUUCUGUAUUUCCAGUGAGAUAUUCAUAGUUUGACAUUCUGAUAACUUACCUCUGGGCUAUAUUGUCUAAUGACUUAGCUCUAGAGUUAAAUUAUCAUAUCCACCCUCAAACAUUCUAGGGGUUACGCUCAUUUGCAUUGUUUGCAUUCCUGAAAUAAGUCACGACAAAUUCAAAGGCACACGGUUAGCUAUUUGAUUGGUUCCAGGCAAAAACAAAACCUGACCAAUCGCUGGACAGAUAUUUGUCAUAUUAAGAUUACAAAGGAGUGACACCAAAAUUCAAAACUGGGCAUUUUUUCCGUAACACUGUUGUGUUAUUCAUGCUUUUCCUUUUCAAAUCAAAACAAGUAAAAUUGUAUUAUAGAAGAGAUAAGAUUUGUUAUUUCAAUGUCACCAUGCAACGUCAACAUAUAUUCCCCUGCAAACAGUUUUUAUUUGAAAUCUUGGUACCGUAUAAUGUUUUAUUACAUGUUUUAAGAUUUUAUUGUUUUUGCUCAUGCUAGUGUCUUCAAAAAGGCCAAAUGUUAGUUUGUUUUCCUUUUUACUUACUUAUAUCUUUAUGCUUACUCAGAAGUUCUUGGCUUAAAAUAUAUAGGUCUAUAAAUCGAUAUAUAAACAACGUUUAAAACGUUUUGCUAAUUUUUGUGUUAUUAUUAAAUAACUUAUUUAAGUGUUGAUGAUGUUUUUUCCUCUUAUGUUUUUACACUAACAACUAGCCUUUUUCGUUGAUACAAAGUUUCUUGGUUUUCUGUUUUGAGAGUUAUUGAAGUUGAAAAUUAUUAUUAGAAAUAUUAAACUACACUGUAACUAGUGUCAUUUUGCAUAUUUUUUUUAAUGAAGUAUGAAGUUAGGGAUGCACAAAUAAUAUUACCUAUAACUACUUUUAAAUUUUUUAUUUUUUUUUAAAAAGCUUGUUGAUUUAAUUGUUUCUUUGUGUCCACAAAAAUUUUGACUGUUCAUCCGCAGUGGGAAUUUAAAAUUUCAAAGAAUGUAUUAGGAAAAUGUGUACGUUUUUAUUUGACCUUCAUGUAUAUGCUUUUAUAUGGCCUUACUUUGUUUUUUUUUAUUUUGCCUGAGAACUUCGUUUCUGGUUUUGCCUUCUGAAUUGUCAAUGUAUUUAUUCUAUUUAUAUAUUUGUUGUAUAUAGUCAGUAAUAUUGUUUUAAAUGUAGUUAUCCCCCUUUUAUUCAUAAACUUUAACAGAAAUUACACAUAAAACGGUGCUUUGUUGCUUAAGACAUUGUUUAUCAUCGAAAUACAUAAAGGAUUUUCAACACAUUCUAUUUAAUUUUAUCCAUUUUACAAACGAGCUACAGCGGGUAUAUGUUAAGUCAUUCACCCCUGGAGACACAUUUGAACUCUUCCAAUUUAAUGGUUGGAAUAGUUCAUUACAAAAUUAAAAGGGUGAAUGAGUUAAAAAAAUAAAUAUAAUUCUAAAUAUUGUAUAACCUAAUUGCAUUUCAUAAAUGAAGGACAGAUUAUUUAUUUAUAUACAAAAACUUGCAGGUUAUUUUCUCCGCAAGUUGAUUAAUCAGUAUUUUGUUUAGUUUAGGUUUUGUACCCGAGACAGUAUUGAGGGUACCUGAUAUCGGUAUUUUAUAUUGUAGCAGUUCUGUCUGAAUCAUUAAUUUAAUAUGUACAUUAAUAUUUAGCAUAUAAGUUUUUAUUUUGAGCAUUAAAUAGAAACUACAAAGGGAAGAUAAUUUCAAUAUUCAAGUAAUUCAGAAUUUUGGAUACAUGUUGGUAAUUUCUGGAUACAGAUUCACUAGUUUUGUAAAAUCGGCCAAUGUGCAGAACAUUUUAGGAUGAAAACACAAAAUAUUGGCUUUGCCAAUUUAAAGAUAAUAACUAGCAUAUUAUCAUAGAUAAUAACUAGCAUAUUAUCAUGAAUAAAAUACUACAAAUUAUAAAAGAUGUGCUUAUGGUAAAGGAACAAAAAAUAUUUUUAUUCAGUAUUUGUUGUGUACGUAAUACUGUUUGUCCAACGGAGUGCCAAACGUGUUAACAUAAACGUGAUAUAUGUGUACAGUGGAACUUUGUUCAACAAUACUUAAUGAUUUCCUUAAUUAAUCUGGAAUAUGUUAUUUUCUUUAAAAAAUUGAAGGAAUAUCAUUUAUUAAAGUUUAUUUGAGCACAUGUCAAUUCUCCAGCAUUAAAAAUAUUUAAUUAAUAGUUAUUCUGUACGUCUGUUUAAGUUAAAGCUCUGAGCUGCUUCAGUUAGGCAUUGAUGGUGGCUUGGAAUACCGACUUUACGCAGUACAGUGCAUUACAAUUGAAUUGUACCUGUAUUAACCCUUUCAACACUGUAGACCAUAAUGGACUCAUCCAUAUCAGUACAUGGUAGAGUCUAUUAAGUUAGAUGGGGGUGAAAGGGUUAAUACUUUUUUGGGGAUUUUUCAUUUCAUAGAAAUUAACUAAAGAAAGUUAGGGGACAUCUACUGGAAACAGCUUGUCCGUCUUUUUGUGGAUGAACCCUUGUCCUCCAUUGCUAUUACGCUAUUUUGGACAAACUAUAUAUAUACGAAGAAGUUAAGUACCUGAAAUGACAUUUCUGUUUCGACGAUUUUUUGGUCAUAGUUUCUCUUUGUAACCACAGCUCUGAUUGGCUGAGACAAUAACAGCUUCUUGAAAUUAAGAUAUCAAAGGUCAAUGAGGGGUAUUAUAUUAGUAUGCCUGUGGCUUACCAUUCUAGUUAAAAGUGAGUCGUCAUAUAACCCAUAUAUGAACUUGUAUUUAGUUUAUACAAGGGGAAAGUGAGAUCCAACACCGGCUAGUGGAUGUUCAGUGAAGUUCUGUGUACCCCACUGGUUUCCUCAAUGGGAUUCACUCGUCCGGUCAUAAGAGUAAUAGAAAUUCAAAGACAAGAUGACCAGACAACAUCAAAUGGGGAGUUCGGCAAAUUCAAGCCAGUUUACACAUUUCGGCCCACUUGGUGGGCGGUCAUCAGAGCGUAAGAAUCAUUGUUCUGAUGAUGGCCCACACAUGUAAACUGGAUUAAAUUUGGGAAUCCCCAUUUGAUUUUGUCUGGUCAUCUCUUCUUUGAAUUUGUUUUUUUAGUCUGUACACUUUUCUUAGAUAAAUUGAAAGGCCAAUCUUCAGAAAGGAUCAAUGUAAGCAAAGUAGACGGCAUUAUUGCAUAAAACCAUCUCAUUGAUAUUAUCGCUCAUUUAAAAGAAUUUGGUGGGGUUGUAGAAGUUAAAAGCCAUACCAAAUAUGGUCAAUAUAUAAAAUCAUCUGGAAUAACAAGUUCCACUGUAUAUUUCUAAUGUGUGUCUUGGUUAUGGGGUAGAAUGUUUCUCCGUCCUUGGACAAUUUCGGAAAAUAACCUUAAAAAACAGUCUCCACCUGUGUGGUUUAUGACUGAAUCCACAAAAGUUUGUUAUGAAAAGAAUAUGGUGUAAAAUAUUUGCAUCACAUAUCAGAAUGAAAUUAUUUAGAAUGUUGUUCGACAAGAAAAGUGUAUAUUUAUUAUCUUGUUGUUAUUGAUUGUAAAAUUAAAUAUAUUUAAAAGUGAUGAUUAAAAUUGCUUAGUGAAUUCAAA